CUAAUUCAAACCGACGGAUGACACAAAAGAAUAUUCGCUUCGAACAGAGCUGUUCCGGACAAACCGCUAGAGAUGAGUUUACUUACCUCAGUUUUAAACCAUUUGAUUAUCACAACAAUCUUCCACACCUACACACAUGCUAAAACGACAAGUCUAAAUAACAUCCAGAUUAAAGAUGACUGGGAUUGGAGCAAGGAUGUGGUUGGAGACGUCCAUAAUGAGCACCAGCUGAUAAGACUUCGCAGGUCUGAGGUUUCCAAAACGAUCCAACCUUGCUAUAAAACGUUUUUUGCCAGCAAUAAACCUCCGUCAGGAUUUCGCAUAGACCACACAAACAUCAGAUACAUAUGUCAGCAGGUCCCUGGUAAUACUGCUCACUUUUACUCAACCAUGUUUGAUCUCAACUAUGGAAUCCCCAUCUACUCCGCCUACGUCGUCACGCAAGUACAGGCGAGCCAGUUCGGCGCUGUAAAGAGAGAUAGAGACGACUGGCGGCAGGAACCAUCAGGUAUUACUCAUCAAGCAAGCGACAACGCGUAUAAAGGUCAAACCACCUAUGCUAAAGGCCACCUCCUUCCCGCAGAAACAUAUUCUUUCACUAGCGAUCACCUUGAUUCAACUUUCACUUACACGAAUGCUGUUCCACAGAAAACGAAAUUCAACAGCGGAGCAUGGUCACAGUACGAAAGGGAAAUAAGAAAUUACGCUAGCCUGACGUGUAGCACGAAUGGCGGGGACUUGUUCCUGAUCACAGGCAUCUCCGAAGCUCACAUCGAGCAAAAAGCUGGAGCUUUGAAUGCAAUUCAGAGGGGUCUUGAAUUCAUGAAACCCACAGGUGACAAGAUAGCUAUUCCGAGAUCUAUGUGGACAGCCGGAUGUUGCAUCCAUCCUACGGCGGGUGCAUUGGGAGCCUUUGCUGUGAUAGGAAAUAAUCUUUACAGCAAAUCAGCAACCAACAUGUUUAAAACGACUGUUCCAGACCUAAAACGCCUUCUUCUCACUGGUGUUCAGGGCUUUGGUGGACCAGCGAUCGCCCUGUUUCCAGGAAAUCCGAAAUGCUCUGAUCCCUCAAAAGACGUCAAUUUACGAAAACGGCCUGCACCUAGUAAAUAGAGAUGCCAAAAAUUAAAAAAGCCUUAAGAAACGUCAAGAAUAAAAUGAUGAGAUGUUAUUCAUGAAGAAUGAAAAUGAAUAAUAUAAUAGUUUCGCAGCGAUGGA